AUGGAGAAACUCAUGAAAAAUCAAGAGAUGGCAAGACAAGAUCAAGAAGCAGCAAGAAAAGAUCAAGAAGCAGCAAGAAAAGAUCAAGCCACAACAAGCAAAAACCAAGAAGAUUCAAUCAAAAAUCUCGAGAGGCAUAUGGAACAAAUGGCUAAACGAAUUACAGAUGCAUCCCCAAGUGCCACUCAAGACCACCCAAGGGACAAAGGAAAAGCUACAAAGUGGGAGGAGUGUAAAGCAAUCAUAGUGGAAAGUGAGAAGAAAGCCAUCAAUCAGGAAGAACACAACAGAGAAGUUCCACAAGAAGAGACAGAAGAGAGAAGUGAAGAGGAUCAGAAAAUUAAGAAUGCAAAAAGCUCAAAGAGAGAUAAGGACAUUCUUGAAACACAACUACAAGAGAAGAAGGAAAGGAUGCCAAUGUAUGCCAAAUUUAUGAAGGAAGUGCUGACAAAGAAAAAGUCCCUAAAAGAAGGACAAAUUGUUGAGAUGACAAAGGAAUGUAGUGCUAUUCUCCAAAGAGAGUUACCAGAGAAGAAAGAUGAUCUUGGGAGUUUUUAUAUACCUUGCACUGUAGGAGACAUAACAAUUGAAAAGUCAUUCUGUGACCUUGGUGCAAGCAUAAACUUGAUGCCUUUGUCUCUAAUGAGGAAACUUUGA